GCUCUCUUUUUCAAACCUGUCUAGAAAUCAGAAUCGGAGGCAGUGGCCACAAUGCUGUCCAAUAGCACAGCCUUGCAUUUGCUCCUUUCAAAACUGCUAGAAGACUAUGCUGCUGAGACGAAUCAUCCUACACCAGAACCAGUCGUUGCUACAAGCGACCACCUGGAAGUAGUGUUUAUACUCUUACUGUUUAGCUUCUUUGGCUUCUUCACCUUGGGAGUCAUGAUUAGCUAUAUCCGCUCCAAAAAGCUUGAACAUUCAAAUGACCCGUACAAUGUGUACAUUGCCUCAGACAUCUGGUACAAGCAGGACAAGGCUAAUGGCCAAACCAAAGUGGUGGGAAACUAUAAAUUGUGUCAUGUCUUGAAAAACAAACAUGCAGUAGAACAACCAACCCAUCAUAUCCCAGAAGUGACCUCUUCAUAGCAAAUGGGCAGUUAAUCCCACAGGCAUCGUGCAGGAUGUUUCAAGAGUGAAAAGCAAAGCAAAGGAAGCACUUGGACUAUAUUGAUCAAAACCAGAAUGAUAAGCAAAUAGUACUCCUUCUACAUAACCACAUAGUAUGCUAAUGGCCACGCUGGCUGAGGAUGAUGAAGGCUGAAGUUCAACACAUCUGGGAGGCACCAAGGAAGACUGCCCUCCCUCAAUGAAGGAAAUAUGUUUUCUAGUAUAAUGGAGUGCCUCCAAUGCAUUUUGAACCACAGUAGUAAUGCUCUUUCUAUUUCAAGUAUCAAACAGUAUCUGCUGAAGGAAGUAUCUUCAGAUUUUAAUCUAUUCACAGAAAAAAAAAUUGAACAAAACUCUGAACUGGGUCUUGUUCCAUAAGACCUGUCCUUCACACUAGUGAGGAAGCAGAGUUUGAGCCACUAGUUGCUUAGGUGCAUAUAACUACAGGCUAGAGAUGUGUGUCCUGUUCACACACAUAGCUGAAAUACCUCCACGUAACCAACUGUGAACAUGUUCCUGAUUCACGAGGGACGAAGGAGGAUGAAGUCAACUUAGUGUCAUGCUAGUGAUAUAAUUUCCUUGUACAAUUUAAGUCUUCCAAAUCGGUAGGCUUUUAGCCACUUCAAAUUUCUGUUGUGUGUGUGUGUGUGUGUGCAUUGUUGUUUUUUUAAACUGCCAUGAGCAGUUGUGCAACAUUAAAGCAGAUUCUGUAAAAUGUGAACUUAGAAGGCAGAAAAAUACAGACAUAACUGUAUGUACUUUGUCAAUACUGUGAAGGUUUCUAAUAGAAUACACCUGUAGCAAAGGAAAGGAAAUGUGAAUAUAACUACAUCAUACAUGGAAUAUUCCUUUUCUAUUCUUUAUGUUCUGCUAUUUUGCUGCUAUUGUUUCUGAAAGCUUGUUACUUAAGAUUGUGUGUCUUGUCUAAAUUUACUUUUCAGUUCCAGGAAAGGAACUCAAAAUUGAAGUGGAAAACGACAUGUCUCACAGUGACAAAUUACCACUAAUUUAAAAGUUCUGCCUGGAUUCCCAGUUGCAAACAACUCAGGUGGCUUGAUGUGUGACCAGGAAUCCAGGAGGGAAAUAAUUAAUUAGUGGCAAUUCAUAACCUUAAAUAACACAAUUUCCUGUUGCACUGGCCAAGCAUGCAACAGGAUUUUGGUCACUGCAUUUGAAAACUAGACACGGCUAUGUUAAAUCAGCUAUACAGAUUAUGUGGUACAUGUCUAUUACAAUCAAUCAGAAAAUUGUUAUGAAAUCAA